AUGAACACACUACAUAACACUUCCUCCCCACCAGGUCCCGGGCUUCAGGAGACAUCAUCUGGUACCCAUCACAUCAACCUUCUCCCACUCAAAGAAAAAAUCGAAAGCCUCAGCUAUCCCAAAACCUUCGCCCUCAUCCUCGUCACAUCCUGGCUCCUCUCCAGCACCGCCAAAUGGCUCACCAACGGCAAGCAAAAGAAGCUCACAGUCCCUGUAUUUGGCUACCGAUCAUGGUUUGAGCCAACGUUUCUGUUGCAAACCAGAUUUGUGAGGGGGGCUAGGGAGUUGAUUCACGAUGCUUAUACCAAGAUGCCGAACAUGCCCUUCGUCCUCAAACGCUACGAUGCCGAUUUCUUGAUCUUACCCAUCCGAUAUCUGGACGAGCUACGCUUGAUCCCACUAAGCAAGCUGAGCAACAAGGGUGCUAACGUUGCCAACCUCGUCCCCGAAUACCACGGCAUAACCUUCCUCCUAACCAAUAACCUCCACGUCGAAGUCCUCCGCAAGAAACUCACCCCCGAGCUGUGGAAAUUCAUUGACUCCGCCUCAACGGAGCUUUCCCACGGCUGGGACAUCUCCCUUCCCCUAGCCGAACUCUCCACCAACGGGAAUGACUGGGUGAAAAUUGACUUUGAGCGCACAGUCCGUGACCUGGUCGCUCGCAUGACCGCCAAAGUAUUCCUUGGGGAUCCGGCCUGUCGCGAUAAAACUUGGCUUGACAUCUCCGUCGAUUUCUCCAUUGACUUGUUCACAGCCAGUUUCACAAUGAAGAUGUUCCCUCCGAGGAUGUACCCGCUCGUUGCCCCUCUGAUCCCAGCCAGGAGGAGGGUGUUGAAGCAGUUGAAAGCUGCUCAAAUCAUUGUCGGGGAACAAAUGCACAAGCAUAAUUCCCUCAAAGAGAAGAGGGCACAAGCAGCACGCGGCGAAGUCGCGCUGACGGAGGAAGAAGCGCAGGAUACCUUGCUCGAUUGGAUGUUGGAUCACGGCAAGGGGUCUGAAGUGUCUGUUGAAGAGAUGAGUGCGCGGCAGUGUGUCUUGACGCUGGCAAGCAUUCAUACCACUGCGAGCCAGACGGCGAAUAUGAUGUUUGAUCUUUGUGAGCACCCGCAGUGGUGGGGGGUGUUGAGGGAGGAGGUGGAUGAGAUUGCGAAGGAACUGGGGCCGCCGGGGACGGCUGGAAAAAACGGAGGUGUUAGUGUCAAGGAGUGGUGUGUCAGGUUGGAGAAGAUGGAUAGUUUCUUUCAGGAAACGCAGAGGAAGGAACCGCCUAUUCUUCUCGGUCCCCAACGUCUAGCCCAACAAAACCUCACCCUCAAAGACGGCACUUACAUCCCCCGCGGCACCCGCGUCGCCUUCCCCAUGCUCGAGCACCAGAACAACCCCCAGACCUACGCCAACCCGCACGAGUUCGACCCCAUGCGCUUCUACCGCAAACGCCACUCCUCCCCGGAUCAAAUGAAUUUGCACAUGGCUGGUCAGACACAUCCCAAUGUUUUGGGCUUUGGAUAUGGAAACCAGGCUUGUCCGGGACGACAGUUUGCAGUGGCGGAGAUUAAACUCAUUAUGGCGAGGAUGGUGUAUGAGUUUGAGUUUAAGUUUGCGAAUCCGGAGAAGGGAAGGCCGAGGACGGGGUAUGUCAAUGAGAUGGCUAUGACGGAUUGGAAUGCCAGGUUGUUGAUGAGGAGGAGGGUUAGGUCAGAGUAG